AUGUUACAAAGUUGUGUUCCGUCCAAACGAUCUCCUGAAUAUACCAAAGAAAUGUCUAUACAAAUUAUUUCAUGUCCAUUACUUCGAAAACUUCUAGAGACAUACGAAUUUCCAUCGAAAUUAAUCAGUUUUGAAGAAAAUAGUAGAAAUCAGAAUCUUCGUUUAUUACUUGGUUGGAAGUACUCAGCUUGGUUGCGAUGCAUACCGUAUGAUAAACAUUUCAGUUCUAAACAUUACGGAAGUAAUUCUGACGAUGAUAACAACAACAUAGUGGAAUCAAUCCAUUUGCAAAUGUUUCAACAAACCGGCAUAAAGCAUAAUUCUCAGAUUACAUCCGUUUUAUUUUUCAGUCCAUUAGAAAUCUUGAUAACUGGUGAUGUAUGUGGAACAAUAAAGACUUGGAACACCGAUCAAGUUCAGUUGGCAAUAUUUCAAAGUCACUCAGGGGAGAUUUCUUAUUUUUCUACGCAUAGAUGGGAUUUGGUAAAACCACAUAAAUUUCACUCUAUAUCACCAAGUUUUGUUUCAGUAAGCAGAGAUGGUAUGAUCAAGUGUUGGCAGUUUUGGCAAUCGAAAUGCAUUUACCAAAACUCUAAUAACACAAUAAAAAUGCCAUCAGUUAAUAACUUCAAGAGGAGUAGUAUGAUGGAAGUGGACAGCCGACAGGCACUUAUGAAUUUAUAUUCAAAUUUGUUAUCUCAGAACACUCUUUCAAUAAAUCAGAUUCAUGAAGUUCAUGACGUGUUGGUAAAACCACAUAGUGGUAAUAUUGUUUUGAUAGGUGUCAGAAAAGUUGCUGAGACACAAACAACACAGGAGGAAGGUCACGAGGAAUACUACAUAGAACACUGGAAGCUAUCUGAACCGUGUUCCCCAUUAGCAGAAUUUCCACAAGUAGUUAAACAUAUUUCAUUGGUGGAGCUAGACGAUUUGUAUGAUGUGGAUACUUUGGAAGCACACCCAGCUGACAGUUAUGACAUAUAUCAGAAACAGAAGUCAAAUGGUGUAGCAAUUAUUAUUUGUGAUGGAAAGCCAGGGAGCAUACACCUAAUUUCUACAUUAAAUGGUUCUAUUAUGACAACAGCAGUAUGUGAGGAUUCCGUUGAAGAUGCUGCAUGGCAUUGGAUAAUGGAAAAGUUGUACGUUUUGCAAAAGAAUGGAAGUAUCGCUGUAUUUUCGACAUGCAGUCGACCAUGCAACCUACUUUGUAUGUGGUCGUCAUCUGUGGAUAAUGUACUUUAUUCUGGUCCACUGUUAUUUUAUCCAGCACAUAGUCCAGAAUAUCUAGAGCUGUUCUUGAACAAUGAAGACUGCAACAGUCUCCUUCCUCAAAUUAUUUUGCUACUUUUAGUUGGACAAUCUGAUGGCUCUUUAGCUGUAAUAUGCCCUAAAGAAGGCAAUGUAAUGAGUAAAGCUCAACACGUCCAUCUGACAAAACACCAGGUAGUAUUUCAGAAUCCAAAAGCAAACCAUUGA